AUGAAUGAGGGGACAAUGCUGCACAAGGGGCUACAUGCACGACAAAUUACCAUGAUUGCCAUGGGAGGAGCUAUUGGAACUGGUUUGAUUAUUGGAACCGGGCAGGGCCUUGCAACAGCUGGACCAGCCUCGAUUGUGCUCUCUUAUGCUAUUGUAGGGUUUGUUGUUUAUUUGGUGAUGGGUGCGUUGGGGGAGAUGGCAACUUGGAUUCCAAUGGCAAGUGGUUUCACUGGUUAUGCUACUCGAUUUUGUGAUCCUUCGCUUGGAUUUGCGCUUGGAUGGAGUUACUGGCUUAAAUAUAUUGUUGUCACACCAAAUCAACUCACCGCUGCUGCUCUUGUCCUUCAGUACUGGGUACCUCGAGAGCAAGUCAACCCUGGUGCUUUCAUCGCAAUCUUUAUGGUAACAAUCAUCUUUUGUAACUAUUUGGGCAUUGAGUUUUUUGGGGCAUUGGAGUUUGUCUUGUCCAGUAUUAAGAUUGUCGUUAUGAUUGGCAUUAUCAUCCUUUGCCUUGUGCUGGCCCUUGGAGGAGGCCCAAACCAUGAUAGAAAGGGAUUCAGGUACUGGGAGAGCCCGGGUGCAUUCAAGCCCUACAUGGCGGAAGGUGAUCUUGGGAGAUUCCUUGCCGUAUGGGCCAGCAUGGUGACAGCUACCUUCGCCUACCUUGGAACCGAGCUGGUCGGAAUCACCGUUGGCGAGGCUGUGAAUCCUCGGAAGACAAUUCCCCGUGCAAUCCGGCUGACCUUCUGGCGGAUUAUAUUCUUUUACGUCCUGUCUGUCUUUCUGGUUGGACUUAACGUCCCAUACAACUCACCAGACUUGUUAUUUGCAAACAAGAAGAAGGCCUCGGCAUCCGCAUCGCCUUUUGUGGUCGCGAUCAGCUCAGCGGGCAUUUGGAUCCUCCCAUCCAUUUUCAAUGGAUGCAUAUUAAUUUUUAUCCUCUCGGCCGCCAACUCAGACCUGUACAUCUGCUCUCGAACGAUAUACAGCCUUGCAGUAGAGGGACAGGCCCCUCGCUUGUUAGCCCGUACGAAUGCUCGCGGAGUUCCUUUCUUUGCACUGGGAGUCUCCUCAAUCUUUACCCUCCUCGCUUUCAUGAACGUCAGCAGCGGAAGUGAGACGAUUUUCAGCUAUUUAGCCAGCUUCGUCACUAUGUUCGGUCUCCUGGUUUGGAUCUCUAUUCUCACCAGCCACAUAUCCUUUGUCCGAGCGCGGCGAGCUCAGGGGGUGCUCGAUUCAGCUCUGGCGUACACUGCUCCCCUAGGUAUACAAGGGUCAUACUUCGCCCUCGCGUUCUGUGUCAUCAUUGCACUGACCAAAAAUUUUUCGGCUUUCAUACCUAACAAUGAAAGUUACGGGAACUUUGAUUAUAAGAGCUUCAUCACAGGGUAUCUCGGGAUCCCUAUAUAUCUUUCUCUUUACUUUGGACACAAGGUCAUUCGGAAGACUCGUGUCGUGCACCCCAAGUCUUGUGAUCUAUACAGUGGAAAAGAUAGGAUUGAUCAAGAGGAAGCUGAAUAUGUGGCGGGGCAUAUGUCUUCUAAUCGGCCAAAGGGUCUCUUUGGGAGGGUUAUUGCUAUGUUCUUUUAA